AUGAACAUCAUGUGCUCUAUGUUUGACGAGAAAUACAUGAAACUGACGAAAGGGAAUAAUCGAGAAAGACGUAACAUAAUGGAGGUGGAGAGUGCGAACUGUAAAUUCCGCGUGUCGCAGUGCGAAGACAUAGAGCUGUUAUCUGUAGAGCGGCCGCUGAAGAUUGACCUCGAGAUAGACGGGCUGGAAACGCUGUUGCGGGAGCUGCACAAAGUGUUCUCCAGGGAGCAUGUCAACGUCCAGGAUGUCCAGAAGUUGAUGGUGGCAUAUAAGUCGAAUCCCAAGGACUGGAAGAAGUACGCCAAAUUCGACAGGUUCCGGUAUACGAGGAACUUGGUCGACGCCGGCAACGGGGCAUUCAACGUAAUGAUCCUGUGCUGGGGCCCUGGGCACGCCUCAGCGAUACACGACCACGCGGACUCGCAUUGUUUCAUGAAACUGUUGAGCGGCAGCCUGGAGGAGGUCAGAUAUGAAUGGCCAAACCACGUGGAACCAGAAGUCAUGAGAAAAUUAAAGACAAAGAAAUCAUGUUGCACUGGCUGCAAAGAAAAAGCUGUAGAAGACAAACUAUCCGAACUAAACAUACGCUGUCAAAAUGAUCACUGUCGGAAUUUUGGCGGGAAAAGUGACAGUUUGGAAAUCGGCGAAACCAAUGGCGACAUUGAGCAGUACGAUGCACAGAAAAUGGAAGAAAUAGGAAGAACUGCUUUGGAGGUCAAUGACGUCUGUUAUAUCAAUGAUGCUCUGGGCUUGCACCGUAUGGAGAACCCAUCAUACGUCGACGGCGCUGUCUCUUUGCACUUAUACUGCCCGCCAUUCGACAGCUGUCGGAUGUUCGACGCGCGCACCGGGAAACCCACCGAGAUCAAGGUCACCUUCUGGUCCAUGUACGGGAAGAAGAUAAAGCGGGUAAUCGAAGCUGACGCUACUGUGGACAGUCAAGAG